AUGAAUGAAAAUAAAGAUAUCAAAAUAAGAGAAGCGGUUCAAUUCUUAUCAGAGGGCGAUAAAGCAACCAAAAAGAGUUGGUUCAAGAAACCUGAAUGGGACGUUGCCGGACAAAAUUACGAAAAAGCUGCUUCGUGUUUUAAGGCUGCUCGAUCAUUUGAUCAAGCAAUUCAAGCCUAUCAAAAGGCUUCGGAUGCCAUGUUUAAAUCGGAUUCCUUAUAUAUGGCCGCAAAAUCAAUGGAAUCUGCUGCAAACCUAGCGGUUCAACAACUUAAACAACCUGAACGAGCAAGUGAAAUGUACCGAAAAGCUAGUGACUUAUAUCAAGCUCAUAUGACUCCAGAUCGAGCAGGUGAAAUGUUGGAAAAAGCUGCAAGUGCCAUAGAAUUCUAUGUUGCUGCAUGCAACUUAUUUGAAUCGGAAGAUCGUGGAAGGUUCGCAAUCGAUACAUUUAAGAGAACAAUAGCGAUUAUGAUUAAAAACAAGAGAUACAUAGAAGCAGUAGAAAUAAUGCAUCGACUUUCAAAGAUAUAUCAAAGCAAUAAUAAUCAAUCAGGAUUGAAUAAAAAUUGUUUAGGCAUUAUCAUAACGUUAUUGGCGGCAGAAGAUGAGGUUGAAGCGAAAAAACAAUUUCAAACGUUUUGCCAGCAUGCCUUUGUCCGGUCAGAGGAAUCAGCGAUUUCAAGUUCGCUUUUGGAUGCUUUUGAACAGGGUGAUCAGGAUCUUAUCGACAAAGUCAUGCGUAGUCCGAUCGUUACAUAUUUGGACAAUGAAAUCGCUAAACUUUCUAGAGAACUGCAAGUUCCUGGAAUUUCAAGUCGACCUUAUAUCCCUCAACAAGAGGAUCAAGAGAAUAAGAAUAUUUUUAAUCAUGAGCAGAGUGAUUCUCAUUUUUUGCAUAAUCAGGAGAAAAAAUCGAGUCCUUAUUCUUUAAAUGAUCAUAUGGGAAACGAGGAUGAAAAGCAAAAAAUUGACGGUGAUAAUGAUGAAAAAAAGGUUACUGCACUUCCUGCUGAGGAUCCAAUACAUCAACCUCCAUCUGCUAUUUCAGCACCUGUACAUUCACAGGAAACAGCCGAAGAGGAAAAUGAAGGUUUAUGUUAA